GAUUUUCAACGGACGAAAUGGUGCCGACGAUGCCGCCUGAUUCGCAUAAAAUUUCACUGAAAAUCAUCGAAGCGAUAAAACAACACCCAGUUUUAUAUAGUGCCGAAGUGAAGGGCUCUUCGGUUAAGCUUCAGGAGUUCAGACAGAAAGUCUGGAAGAGGAUUUCCGAUGAACUUGGUCUCGAUCCCACCUGGGUGAGACUAAGAUGGAAAAAUUUGAGAGAUACGUAUUGUCGCAUAUUAAAAUAUAAGAAUAAGACAGAAAAAGGAGUUCGUAGAAAAAAAUGGAUUUUUGAGGAUCAUCUUAGCUUUCUAAAAUUCCCGUACGAGUCUGAUUAUCAGGCACAAAGUAUAGAAUUAACAGAAGAUUACAUUCAAGAUAUAAAUGCCGGUGGAAUCAGUUCUGAAGGUCUUUUAGAGCAACUGGAAGAUCGUAAUGAUGAAGAUUACAGUGAAUAUUUGGAGGUUUUAGAGGAAACAACUGCAGAUCCAAUCUUAGGUCGUGAUUCUAUGGAAUUGACUGAUAAUGGGGAUGGUGUAUUCAAAACCGUAGAUGUAGAAGAUACAACGCAACAUGAUAUUGAUAUGUAUGCGCAACAAAUUCAAUCAAAAUUUAGAAAAAUAAGACCAAAAAAGAUGAAAGUUGAACCAGCAGAAAUACCUACAACUUAUAGUAUUUUGAAAACUCCUUUCACAAAAAGAACAGUGGAUACACCAGUUUUUGUGACUGCACCAGUUGCGAGCAGUCCUAAUAAAAAUAAUUCUACAGGAGAAGAUGUACAGAAUAAUUAUGAUCAAGUCUACUUAGCACCAGAGGGAAAAAGCAGUAUAGAACUCUUUUUUGAUAGCAUGGCACAAACUGUUAAGCGACUUCCAGCAAAAGCGCAAGCAGAUAUUAAAAUGAAUAUCUGUAAAAUUGUAACAGAAGCAGAACUUAGAUAUUCUGGACGUAAUACACCGCAAAGUACUCAACAAUUUAUAGCACCACCUGGAAUGAUUCCUAAGUUAGUUCUUAUUCCAUGUAACAUGAUUGACAAACAAAACAAUAAGGGUUGACAAUUUUCAGUGUAAAUUUCUUUGAAGUCAGAGGUAUUGUGAUAUAUUGUAAAAUAAAGUCUUCUAUAAUCAGGAGAUCAGAAGAUCGUAACAAACAUAGAAGAAAAAGGGCAACAAUUGCAUCAAUGAAAGUGUUCCAAUAAAGACGAUUUUUGUAAUUAGUGUGGUAUUUCCAGUUUUGUAACAUAUAUUGAUAAAGUUAAAUGUACAUAGGUGUUGUCAUUAUAUCUUAAGCUGUUGUUAUACAUGAAUUUACUUAUUUUAAU